GGGAUGUUUUGGGACUGAUCUCAGAUUGCUGUGGGUUUCGCGGUAAACUCAAUUUUACGGUUCCCUUCGUUCGCCGACAAACAACCCGGAAGCGACAAAAAAAAAAUCUCAAAACGCAAACUUGUACCUGUUGACUUUGGACAUGCAGUCCAACGUGGAGAUCAAGGCCAAAGUCAGCCAGCCGCUGGAGUUCGCCAAGAUGGCGUCCCAGCUCAGCCAAUCGGAAGGCACCGUCAUCAGGCAGCACGACACCUUUUUCAACUGUCGCCGAGGACGACUCAAGCUGCGGGACUUCAUGGACGGCUCAGGUCAGCUGAUUUUCUACGAGCGUCCCGACACGGAUGGACCCAAACUGUCCCGAUACUCCAUCAGCCCCACCUCGGACCCGACCAGCCUCAAGGCUGUGCUGUCCGACGCCCUGGGUGUGAAAGGCGAGGUGCGGAAAGAGCGGCGUCUCUUCCUCAUUGGUCAAACGCGGGUGCACUUGGACGCAGUGGACGGCCUGGGACACUACAUGGAACUUGAGGUGGUGAUGCGCCCGGACCAGAUGCUGGAGGACGGGCAGCAGGUGGCCAAAGGUUUAAUGGAAGAGCUGGGCGUGACCAAGGAGAGUUUGGUGACAAGGGCCUAUGUUGACUUGCUGCUGGAGGGACACGCUGACACGUAAAUCACACACGCAAAGCCGCUAAACUGAAAACAUUUGUUUUCCAAAAUAAAUCAACUGUGCUCAAUGGAAAGCUUCUGAAUUUAAAAUUGAUCAUCCAGCAAACUGAGCAUGGAUCUGAUCUUGUAUCCUGUAUUGUUUGUUGCAUGAUUUUUUUUUGAUUGAUUACUUCUUAUAAAUAGAGCUGUAGAAAAAAAAAGACCAAAUAAACACGAGACCUUUUUUGACAUAUGACCGUUUUUCCUUUUCUGCAAAUAAAUGCUCAAAAUUAAACGUGUCACGGUAGAUUUGCGGUUCGUGUUGUAAGAAGUUUAUCGAAAAAUUGAUUUGAACUUCUUUUCGUUCUUUCAUCACAAAAUAAUUGUUCUGUUUCAUACCAUAUAAAAUAGAGUAGGAGUAAAAAUAACUGCUCUGUUUUGUUCAAUCAUUUGUUGGUUAUAAUAAAACAAUUUCACAUUAGAAAAUAUUCUGAAAAUAAACUGCUUUACAGACCUUA